AUGGAAGAUGCUGUAAAUGCAGAAAAGUUUAUCACAAUGGUGAUAACACUUGUCUAUGGUGAUAACACUUGUCUCCCCAAUGAGAAGUGUAUUGAGGGAAAGUGUAAAUCCAAACUUUGGCCGGGUGAAUAUGGCUGUGAAUCUGAUGAAGAAUGCUCAUCAAGAUGCCCGAACACGUAUUGCGAGAAAAGAAAAAGCGAUAAAAAUGUGGCUCAGUGUCAAUACAAAGAUGGAAUGCUUUUAUAUGGAAGAUGCUACAAAAUGGAGUGUUGCUUGAGAACGGCUAACAAACAGGUGGCAGCGUUUGUGGCGGCGCUUCUCUCCUUCAUCGCUCAAGUUCUCAGCGCACUCAUUAUCCAGGACACUGGCUAUUUCUUCGGCAUAAUCACCUUUUCCCUGUGUUGCCAUGCGCUCUUAUUUCACGGGAUUCGAAAGCAGAAGAUGAGCUUUAUGAUUCCUUAUCUUGUUUGUCAGAUUGUUUGUGCGGCCUAUGUGUUGGGUGAGACGUUCAACUAUGCCCGUGGAUUGAGUGAUGACGAAGGAGUUUCUGGCUGCUUCUAUCCUCAAGUGACCAACAAGAACAAAGAUCCAUCGUGUUCAAACUAUUAUUGGGGAUCGAAAAGUGAUUUUAAUGAUUACGCCGGGACUUAUUCCUCAUACAAUCUCACAUGCCUUGAGUGUAGAACAGAGUUUCGCCACUAUGCAAUUCUUGUCGUGGUCAGUCAGACCGCUGUUUUGGUAUCUUUUGUUUUAACUUGGAACAUUGUUCUUCGCUACAUUCUCUUCUUGAGAGCCGAGAAAUUGCGUCAACGAUCCCUUGCCCCGCGCGUCUCUUAUUUCAAUGAAGGAAUGCCGCGAGCUGAUGUAAUCCCCGAGAAUCCUUCUCGACCACAAAAUGCUCCACCCCUCUACACAGAAAAAGCUCAAACUUUGGACGUCAACAAUUUGUCGGUGACUGAGCAACGGGAAGCAAGAACCAACAGCCUGCCACCUUAUGAAGAAACUCCCGUCAUGGUCACCUCACCCGCUUCCAACGCCAACGAUUCGGUGUACGGGAAUGUCGACUCGGAAAACCAUUCGACCGUUUAUUCAAUGGCUCCAUCUGUGAUCAGUGACAAUUCCCAAUCUCACCUCCCGCCAAACACAAAUCCUCAACAACAACCCGCUCGUCCAGUCACCGUCGAUGAUCUGCUC